AGCUCAGCUCUGCGUACCUUAUCGCUCACAAGCAGGCGCGUAACCGCGUUGCGCUAUCCAUGGUAUCUAAACCAAAAACAAGCCUCCCCCGGGCGAGAGCUGCGGCAGACGCGUUUGUGGAAGGUUAUUCUCCAGUGAUGCAGGUGGACAACAGAAGGCCAAAGUCGUUCUGUUCACAGAGAGGACAAAAGGAUGACAUGUGAUCACCUGAGCCGAGUGUUGACUCUUUACAUGGUAUUCUGCGCCAUGCCAGCAACUUCCAUCGUCCAGGGCGCACGAGAUUUCGAAAAGAAAGUGUCUAUGCUGCUGAAAGAAGAACCAGAAAACCCGAAGUGCUUUGCUGAAGGCAAGAAGGACUUCACGUGCUUCUGGGAGGAAGAUGAGGAAAGAGCUGGCUCUGUGGAUCAGUACUCCUUCACAUACACCUACCAAAAUGAAAACAGCAGCAGGUGCCCACUGAGAGCCCUCCCUGCAGCAGGUGGGAAGAGGAUAUUCAUCUGCCAUCUGAACCGAACCCAGAUGUUUGUCCAAAUGGACAUUCGAGUUCAGCGGGAGGGAACAGUGAUCCACAAUCGCAGUCUCCUCAUCGAGCUUGUCUUUCUUCUGGACCCUCCUGCUAACGUGACAGUGAGCAGAACGGGGAAGCAAGGCCAGCUGAAUGUCAGCUGGGUGCCGCCUCCUGUCAAAUACAUGGAUGACAGCAUGAUGUACGAGGUCAGCUAUGGUAUGGCGGGCAACCACGUGGGCCAGGUCGAGGUGGCACGAGCUAGUUCAGAGUUGAUUCUGAGAGGCCUACAGCCAGGCACAAAGUACAAGGUGCGAGUCCGUGUAAAGCUGGAUGGGAUUAGCUACAAUGGCUACUGGAGUGCAUGGAGUGACCCGGUGCUCAUAGAAACACUGCCUGCAGAAUUUGACCCACUCAUCAUGUCCCUGACUCUCAUCAUCUCUUUCAUCCUCAUUGUGCUGUCUCUCACUCUGCUCCUGUCCCAUCGCAGGUUUCUUACAAAGAAGAUUUGGCCAACUAUUCCAACUCCUGACAGCAAGUUCCAAAGUCUUUUUACUGUUCAUGGUGGGGACUUUCAGGAGUGGUUAGGGCAGACCAACGGAAGCUUGUGGUUUACUCCAGCUUUCUUCUACUCAGAGGAAUGUCCUUCUCCUCUGGAAGUACUCUCAGAGCUCAGUCUUUGCCCCUCACCGCCUUCCCCGCCUCUGCCACCCAAGGCCUCCAGAUCUUUAACUGCAGACAGGAAAGAGGACAAGGAUGUGAAGAAAGGGCUGGCUGAGAGAGAGCAGUCGGAAAGGGGCAAUUCAGCUCUGACAGAUGGAUGGAGAUCCACACCUCACGACCACUGGCUGAUGGAUCGCUUACGGGCACUCCACCAGCACCCUGUGCCCUGCUCCCAGUCCUCUCUGCUGGAGUCUCAAGACACCUAUGUCACUCUCAAUGCCAACAACCACAGUGAAGAUGAGCACCUGGAUGAUAAUUUUGAAGAGGCCUUACCACUUGAGGUACUUUUUGCCUCCAGAAAGACAGCGCUGUGUGAAUCUCACUCUGACCUGGGAUCUGUGCAACAGAGCUCUGGUUCAGGUCGUCUUUCAUCCCAGUCCAGCUUUGAGUACCCAAACCAUGGCUGGGUUCCCAAAGGCCCAGUGUACACCUACAUGGCAGUGGCAGAUUCUGGAGUCUCUAUGGAUUACAGCCCCAUGAACAGAGUAGAUGAUAUUGGGAAAGUGGCAAUCUACGCCAAUGAGUACGAGAAUGAGAUCCCUGCUCCCAGAAGACCAUUUCUGCCGAGGCAGGACCCUGUCCACAAUGCUGACUGAGAGGGACCUCAGCUGGACAGGCUGCAGAUGGACUGAAACUUGAGGCAAGCUAGGCGAGGGGUAUCCGGAUAUUCGCCGAAAGCUACGUAGCCUCACAUCAACUGUUAAGAAAAGCAUAUCAAGGACUCUGACUGGAGCAAAGAGCUGAGUCAUUCUAAAUUGUAAGCUAAAGGACUCAGAGUCCACUGGAUGUAAAUACUUCAUUUCUACUUUAGCUAAAUCAUCCCUGAUCUGUACAGGACAACACCAUUACAUGGAAAUGGCAGCUGUGGUUUAUGCCAAAUACUGAUAUUCAGUGUAAAGGUCUGUAUGCUGGUCUCGUAGUAUCCUAUCCUGCAGAUCAGAUCUUUCUAUUACUCCACCAAAAUUCAAGCUGAUUGACUUAACUCCCCGAUCGUUUCCAUAGUGAUUUAUUCAUGUUUGAGCUUAGUGUACUCUUGUUUUUAAGCUUAAAUAACAGAACAGCUAUUAGGUUAAAAUACAGAGAAGACAGACAGAAAUGGAGAACGAUGAACAAUACGGGCUGACGCGCUUUCCAUCUCCCUCUGAUAUGUCUUAAAGGAUAAGACUGGGAAUAUUCUGUAUUUUCUUGUUGUCAACAAAUCCCAUAAAAAGACUUGAUGAACAAUGAACUGACCCUUCUGCAUGGCGUAAACCAAAGCACUGGACAAACUGGACUUGAUGGUGGUGCUACAUGAAAAGUUAAGGGAUCAACAACGUUAUUACAUGUUACCCUGAGGGGAACCUCAGCGUCUUUGUAGAUUUUAUUAACAGUCCAGUACGUCUCAAGACAUUUCACUUAAAACCACAACCAGCAGUGUGAGUCAACCAUUGCACUGUGUGACGUGUUCCUUCACUAUGACAGGCUCAGUGGUUUAUUUAAUGGUAUAUUUCGUAGUGCCUUGAAUACUCAGCAGAGCUCCAAAUAUGUAUUAAUCCACUGUGAAAAAUAGUCCCUAACAAAGGUACCGUCUACUCCUCUUUGACUAGCAUUUGCUAAAAACUAUGGUGCCCAGUUCUUUUAGCAAAUUACUGAGCCUUUCUUAAAAAUGAAAGUAUAUAUUCUGCCUAAUUUUUAGGAUUAAUGUCUUUAGUAGGAAUGUAGGUUAGGGAAAUUGGAAAAUAUUGAAAGGCCGAUUAAGACAUUGUAAGUUUUGCUCUCUUCAUGGGAUUUUUUGUAAAUAACAAAAACUAAAGAAUAUUGCCAUAUCUUUCACUUGAACCAGGCAGCCAUUAAGCCAGUGUCAUUUCCAGACCUGACAAAACUAACUGUAUUUGUAUAUAACUUUGUGAUUUUUGUAUUUUAAGAGAAUAUAGCUGUUUCUGAGAAUGACCAAAUUAGUAAGCAAUUUCCCAAACAAAAAUUCUGGAUAAUCCUCAAAACCUGGAACAAAUGAAAUAAAAAUACUAGUACUGUAGGCUGUGCAGGAAAGUUUUAGGGCAGUAUUCAUUCUCGGGUAACUGUAGUUGUUAGUUAAGUCUCUUUCUUGUCAUGUAUGAAGUUAAGUCACUAAUGCCCUCGAAAGAGUAGAGUACAUGACAUUUCUGUUCAAAAAAUUUAAAUUCUUGGCAGCUUUAAAUUUUUACUGAAUCAUUUCCAUGUUUUUAUGCUUGUUUGCUUUUGUUGGUUAGGAAAAAUAUGUAUAUAAUUUCACACAUACAUUUCUGUACAUUGCUGACUUAGAGAGUUAGAACAUAGUGUGUCGCUUAAGGGAUACAAAGGUUUAAAGCUAGAAACCCACCUUCUUAGAAAUUGUUACGUUUUUCACAACAGUAGUUUAAUAUUUAACAUUUUACUAUUAUGCAACAUAUAUUUUAAGAGAGUGUUAUCUUUGAGGCACUCCAAAGGAGAACAUCUUCUUUUUCAGGAUUAAUAUUUCAAUGUAUAUUUCCUAAUUAGUAUUUUACUUAGAAGAAGUAAGAAUAUUUCUUUCCACGUUUUUCAUUCUCAAACAUUUGAAAUAAUUUUCUCACUUGACAAUGACAUUGUUUAUUUUUCAGAAGAGGUAUUUUCUAUAUUUAUCUGAUGUGUAAAAAUACUUUGUGAUAUCAGCCACUGAAGUUUAGUGUCUCCCACAUGUUAAUUGUCAUGUAAUUGGGGUAGACUUGUUUUCAAGGGGUCCUGAUGCUUGUUGGUAACCACUGUUCCACCACUUUAAAACUGAUAUGUCUACGUACAUUUUUUCAUUGUGUAUGAUUUGAUUCACACAUUUGACAAACCUUUAUGUCAUUUAAAUUUUCAACUCAUUAAAUGUUUUACAUCUA